GCGAGCUUGGCGGUGCUUCAGUUCGUCAGCAGCCGGGCGUCAGCGCAGCAGCAAGCGAGCAGCCUGCACAGCGAGCGAACCGAACCGAACCAGGACAGCAACCGUACCGCGAGUCAGCCCCAACGCCAUCAAACGGGGAGAUUUUUCCAACUAUUAUCUUUUUUUUUUUUUUUUUUUUUUUUUUUUUUAACUUCCGCACAUCUUUUGUUGUUGUUGUUGUUGUUGUUGUUUUUAAUGUCCGGCGUCCUCGUCCUCCUCCUGCUGACAGAACCACGAACGUGAUGCGGACCUCCGCUGAUUAGACGCCCGAACCGAGCCGGUCACGACACUCACAAAAAGUGGACUUCAUUGUGAGAGGAAUAUUCCCCUGCCUCCAUUUGGAUUUCAAGUGCUUUUCUUUCUUCAUACGUGUGGAUUUUUGUUCGAUUUUUCUCAUCUUUUUCCAACCCUCCGACUUCCGGAGUGGACACCGACAUUGAGCGUAGCCUGUAGCCGGGCUGGAGCGCUUCAAGCUGGGCUACCGCGCGGCGCUCACCCGCUCCAGAGUGAUGGCGGCACUGCUCUGCCUGGCGGUGGUGCUACUGUCAUCGUGCAACGGCGCCCCCUCCGACAUCCUUUACCGGGUCCAAGAGGAGCAGCCGCCCAACACACUGGUGGGCAGCCUGGCGGCGGACCGAGGGCUGCCCGACAGCGGGCACCUGUACAAGCUGGAGGUGGGCUCGCCCUACCUCCGCGUGGACGGAAAGACGGGAGACAUCUACACCACCGAGAUCCCCAUCGACCGAGAGACCCUCAGGGACUGCCGCAACCUCUUUGAGAACGACAAGUGCUACCUGGAGUUCGAGGUGUCCAUCACCGACAUGGUGAAAGGCAUCGGAUCGGGGCCGCGCCUCAUCGAGGGCCGCAUCGAGGUUCUGGACAUAAAUGACAACACGCCCCAGUUCUCCUCGCCCAUCCUUACCCUGUCGAUCCCGGAGAACACCCACGUGGGCGCACUGUUCGCCAUUCCCAUGGCGACGGAUCGCGACGACGCUAACAACGGGGUGGCCGAGUACUCCCUGAGCACGGGAUCCGACGCCGAGCAGCUCUUCGGACUGCAGGUGGCGGUGGACACGGACGAGAAGCUGCCCCAGCUGGUGGUCAUGGGGAACCUGGACCGCGAGAAGAAGGACUCGUACGACUUGAACGUUCGUGUGGUAGAUGGCGGGCGACCGGCCAGGGCCAGCAGCGCCCUGCUCAGGGUGGUGGUCACCGACCAGAACGACAACGCUCCAAAGUUUGAGAGGAGUCACUAUGACGCUGAGCUGGCAGAGAACAGCCCACUAGGACACUCCGUGCUACAGGUCCGCGCAAAUGACGCCGACAUGGGCACCAAUGGUGAGAUCGACUACAGCCUGCACCAGAUGUCCGAGGCAGUCCAGAGACUUCUGCGUAUCGACCGCUCCACCGGAAUCAUCUACGUCAAAGGCAUGGUGGACCGUGAGGAGGAAAACUUCCUCAAGUUCUCUGUCGUGGCCAAAGACCGGGGGCCAAACUCCAAGAGCUCCAAAGUCCUCGUUACCAUCAAUGUCCGGGACCAGAACGACAAUGCUCCCACCAUAGAGAUCCGCGGCAUUGGCCUAGUGACGCAUCAGGAUGGCAUCGCCAACAUCUCAGAGGACAUGCCGGUGGGCACCGCGGUGGCGCUGGUCCAAGUGUCGGACCGCGAUGAGGGGGAGAAUGCGGUGGUGACAUGUGUGGUGGCCGGCGACGUCCCAUUCCAGCUGCAGCCUCUGGGUGAGUCCAGCAACGACCGUAAAAGGAAGUACUUCCUGCAGACCACCACGCUGCUGGACUAUGAGCGAGUGAAGGAUUACAGGAUUGCGAUCGUGGCGGUGGAUUCCGGCAACCCCGCUUUGUCCAGCACCAACUCCCUGAAAGUGCAAGUCACCGACAUAAACGACAAUACACCCAGCUUCUCCCCAGCCAUCCUGGAAGUGGACUUUGCUGAGGGGAACCAGCCGGGCGACAAGGUGCUACAGGUGGUGGCUGCCGACGCCGACAGCGGCAGCAACGCCGAGCUGGUCUACAGUAUCGUGGAGCGCUCGGCCACCCCGCUCUUUGAAAUCGACAACAGCAGCGGCGAGGUUCGAGUUAAGAACCUGCUGGACCGCGAGGAGACAGAGCGCUACGAGUUCCGCGUGGCGGCAGCUGACAAAGGCGUUCCGAGCAAAACCGGCACGGCGACAGUGAUAAUCAACGUCCUAGACCGCAACGACAACGACCCCAAGUUCAUGCUGAGUGGCUACAGCUUCUCCGUCAUUGAAAACAUGCCACCGCUUAACCCUGUGGGGGUGGUCACUGUUACCGAUAUUGACAAAGGCGACAAUGCUCGAGUCAAGUUGUUUGUUGAACCCGACAAUGGCAAGUUUGUCAUCCAAAACGGCACCGGAAACAUCUUGUCCAGCAUAUCCUUCGACCGAGAGAAGGAAAGCACUUACACCUUUCGGCUGAAGGCAGUGGACGCGGGUGACCCCCCUCGAUCCUCCUAUGUGGGCAUCACCAUCAACGUCCUGGAUGAGAACGACAACGCCCCCUAUGUCACCAAACCUGCCAACUCGUCCUACACGUACCUGAGCCCUGUCACACCUCUGGAAAGCCGCGUGGAGGUGGUGGAAGCCGAGGACAUUGACUCGGGACCCAACGCCGAGCUGGAGUACAUCAUCACCGGGGGGAACCCGUAUGGACUCUUCCACAUUUCGCCCACCACAGGGGAGAUCACCCUGGCACAGAAAUUCACAGGGAAGCACAACGGGCUGCACCGGCUAGUGGUGCAGGUUCGGGACAAAGGCAAGCCACCUCGCCACACCACCACGCUCGUGCAUGUGUUUGUCAACGACACCAAGGCCAACGUGUCACUGAUUGAGGCUCUGGUGGGGCAUAGUCUGUACACCCCCCUGGACCGGGACAUCGCGGGGGACCCCAACUACGCUUUGGCACAGCGUAGUAACAUCCUGUAUGGGAGCCUGGCCGGGAUUGCCGGCGUCAUCCUGGUCAUUGUGGCCGUGGUGGUCAUCCGGCACCGACUCCAGAAGGACACCAAGAGCGGCUACCAGGCGGGCAAGAAGGAGAGCAAAGACCUAUACGCCCCCAAGCAGGGACCCAAAAACUCCAAGGGGAAGAAGAGCAAGAAGGGCAAAGCUCCCAAACCAGCCAAACCUCUAGAAGAGGACGAGGAUGCCAGCCUCCAGAAGGGCCUCAAGUUUAAUCUCAUCAAUGAGGUUGUUAGCGACAGUCCCCGGAUACACUUGCCCUUAAACUACCCGCCCGGUAGCCCUGACUUGGGGAGACACUACCGCUCCAACUCGCCAUUGCCGUCCAUCCAGCUUCAGCCGCAGUCGCCCUCAGCCUCCAAGAAACACCAGGCGGUGCAGGACCUCCCUGCCACCAACACCUUCGUGGGCACGGGUGACAACAACUCCACGGGCUCCGACCAAUAUUCGGAUUACAGCUACAAGGCCAACCCGCCCAAAUACAGCAGCAAACAGCAGCCGCAUCGCCGGGUAACCUUCUCCACGGCCAAACAGGCGCAGGACCUGCAGGACGCGUCCCAGCACAGCUACUACGACAGCGGACUGGAUGAGUCGGAGACGGUCAGCUCCAAGUCGUCCUCCGGGCCUCGGAUCGGCCCGCUGGCACUGCCCGAGGACCACUACGAACGCACCACACCCGACGGCAGCAUCGGCGAGAUGGAGCACCCCGAGAACGACCUGAGGCCCCUCCCGGACGUGGCUAUGACAGGCAACUGCACGCGCGAGUGCACUGAGUUCGGCCACUCGGACUCAUGCUGGAUGCCUGGCCAGCUGUCACCCAACCGCAAGGGAGCCAAGGGCGCCGCCCCCCCCAAGCUGUCCACCUUCGUGCCUUACCAGGAGACGGACGCCGCCCGGGACCCGCCGGCGCCGCUCCCUGUGGCCAACGGCAGCCCCAAGCCCAUCCCCGUGGAGGAACGUGGGCCGGGCGGCGGCGGCAGGGUGGCAAACAUGCGCUUCAUGACGCCUUACAGCAGUGCCUACCCCCUGGGCGCGGCUGCCAAAGACUGCGGCCUGGAGGAGAUCCCGCUCAGCCAGGCGGUGGAGUUCCACUCGGCCACCACCCCUACGGGACACGCGUCCAAGAGGGAGAUCUACCUGUGAGGGCGCCACCCCUGACGCUCCCAGCUUCGAGCCCCGCCAACUGUCACCCCCAGUUGACGCUGCUCACCUGAAAACCUGCUCCCCAUAAACAAACCACACUGCCCUUAAACACCUCACAAACCCUCACUACCGCCCCAUAAACACCUCACUGCCUCCUAGAUUUCACCCCAGGCGCCUCCUUAGUGCCCCUAAACACCUCACCACAUCCCCAUAAACUCCGCAAUUGGCCCCCAAACACCUUCCCUAGUGUCCCCAAACACCUCCCUUACGGCCCCCUUAUCACCUAACUACACGCCCAACCACCUCCCUGCUCUAAUAAACACCUUACUGCUCCAAAAACCUCAUCACCACCCCAAACCACCUCACUGCCCCCCUAAACACAUCUUACUUUCCCCCACCAUCCCACUUAACACCUCACUGCCAGUCCUAAACACCUCCCUUACUGCCCCCUAAACACCUCACCACACCCCCAACACGUCUCUUCCCUAUUUAACAACUUACUGUCAACCCCAAACACCUCAUUACUGCCCUAACUGGUCCCACAAACACCCAACUACCCUAUUAAGCAGCUUACUGCCCCACCCAAAUACCUCACUGUCACAUCCAAACCCAUGGUCAAUGCCCUUAACACCUCACUGACCCCCCCAACACCUCAAUAAACACCUCACCACCCUUAAAAAGACCUCACCAUCCCCAACAACCCUCUUACAAAACACCUCUCCAGCCCCCUGAAAACCUCACCUGUGCCUGGCUGUGUUUCACCACAGACUCCCCUUUCCCCUUUUUCCCUUACGCCCACUGCUUUAGACUCUGCCCACCUGGCUUCAUGCCAACCAAUCAGCUGUAAAUGAGAAAUGGAAGGAAUGUAAACAACACAUUUUACUUUUGUUUCAUGUUUUUGCCCCCACCUCCUUCCCCCAAGUAGACUUUGUUGUAAAUCCUUACGCAGUAUUCCAUGUGAAACUAUCUAGCCAGACUUUGAACUUCUUUCUUUGGACUUCUGUGGGAAGUUUUUGCUGCGACCGUCAAAAAAGUCAAACAACCUGGCCUGUUUUUUUUUUUUUUUUUUUUUUUUUUUUAACCAGGACGUUUGCCUCGUUUACAUACGGCGGGAAUCUUUGUCUCUCUCGUGUUUUUUCCCCGGUGUAUAUGUGUAAAUAUGGCGAAGCUCACGUGACGUCACGCCGCUGGACUGACGGGUUUUGCAUGUACAGACGCUGCCGGGAAAUUUUUGUUUCUUGUUUUUUCUUCUUGAACAUCACAACACUCUCGUUACGGGAGAAACCGUUCAGAAUUAAUCGACAAGCCCAAAGUGGAAAUUAAGAACUUUCAGGUCAAAAUUUAAAUUCUCAUCAUCCUCCUCAUCAUAAUGAGAGCUGAAGGUUGUAAUCUGGAAUAUUGAAGUGAAUCCGAAACAUUUUCUUAAUUGUCGUUUUCAUCCAUAUUAAAUGUUGAUGGUCAAAGAAUUCAUCAACAACACAGUUCAUCACUGAACAUGAAAAGAAGUCAGCGCAGAUGUUCAAGUUGAUGUAAAAUAGAAAAGAGUAAUCAUAUUAAUAAAACAGUUGGGAGGAGCCAGAAUGUCCACAUUUUCACAAGUUAACAUGUAGUAUCAAAGUGGUCAAGUAUUUUCUAGGCUACAAAAUAUUUUUUCUUGUUAUAAUUGCUGUGUUUAUUAUUAUUAAUCACCUUUUCAGCUUUCAUUAUUAUUAUCAUUACUAUUAAUUUUCUAGCAAACUAUCCAUCUUUUGGGGACGGAAUAUAUUUGUUAUUUUAAUGAUUGAAAAAAUAGAACCUUUUGAGACCUUUAUUAUAAUUAUGGCAAAUAAACCACCUUUUAUGGACUUUAAUUAUUAUUGCCUUUCAUUAUUACAGCAACUCAAUUCCCUUUUGUUGCCUUUAAUAUUCUUAUUCUGGCCAAGUGAUCACCCUCUUAAGGAUUUAAUUAGUAUUUUUACCCUCCGUACACAGUACUGCCAAAUGAAUAACUUUUGGGGGCUUGUAUUAUUAUCUUUUUUUCUUCUUCUGGCCAAGUAAUCAGCCUCAUAAGGCUUUUAUUAUUAUUGUUAUUAUUAUUAUUAUUAUCACUUUCAGUAGACUGCCGAAUGAAUCACUUUUGAGGCCUUUAACUAUUUUUUAUUCAGGAAACUUUCAGUGUGCUGGUGAUGGCAAAUUGGGUCAUACUUUAAGCAAACUGCAGUUAUUAUUAGUAGUGUUAUCCUGGCAAACGUAUCAAUUUGGGGGCAGCUUUAAUCAUUAUUUGUAUUAUUA